UGUCUAAUCUUGUAUUUUGCAAAACUAUACAUUGCUUUAGUAUGUUCGCCAGUGUAAAGUCAGCUUUCCAUGUCUCGAUUAGUUGAAAAUUGCUGGUUUGCUCGCUGACUGUUCCUGUAUGUUUCCUUUGGACUUGUGACUGCGCAUGCGGGGGCGGGACCCUGGUUUAUGCCACUGACGUACGUAAGGAUUCUAGUAGUGGGUUUGCAGUUGCUUUAAAGCUUUAUUUUGAUGAAUAAUGAUGCCAUAAGUAGCAAUGCCUGAAAAACAUGUCUUGCAAGAAAGAUAAUGAAGGAGAAGGAAGCCCACACCACACUGAUUUGUAUGGAUUUACUCCAAAAACAAGUCUACCCAUUGUAUAUCACUCAGACUACAACAUCACCUUUAUGGGUAUGGAAAAACUGCACCCUUUUGAUGCAGGGAAAUGGGGCAAAGUCAUUCACUUCUUAAAAGAGGAACAGUUCAUCACUGAUGAGAGCAUUGUGGAAGCCCGUGAAGCCACUGAGGAGGACCUGCUGGUGGCCCAUACUAAACGCUACCUCAGCAGACUGAAGUGGUCCUUUGUGGUAGCAACAAUCACAGAAAUCCCUCCCCUUAUAUUCCUACCUAAUUUCCUGGUUCAGCGCAAGGUUUUAAAGCCUCUACGGACACAGACAGGAGGGACCAUAAUGGCGGGGAAACUGGCUGUUGAACGAGGAUGGGCCAUAAACGUGGGAGGGGGUUUCCACCAUUGUUCUGGAGAUAGAGGAGGGGGCUUCUGUGCCUACGCUGACAUCACUCUAGCCAUCAAGUUUCUGUUUGAGAGAGUUGAAGGCAUCUCCACAGCUACCAUCAUCGAUCUGGAUGCUCAUCAGGGAAAUGGACAUGAGCGGGACUUCCUGGAUGAUCAGCGCGUAUUCAUCAUGGACAUGUACAACCGCCACAUCUAUCCACGUGAUGGAUAUGCCAAAAGAGCCAUAAAGAGGAGAGUGGAGUUAGACUGGGGCACUGAGGAUUCGGAGUACCUGCAGAAAGUGGAGCUUCACUGUGAAGGAGCUCUGAACGAGGUCCAGCCGGACAUCAUUGUCUACAACGCAGGCACAGACAUCCUGGACGGAGACCCUCUGGGAGGACUCUCCAUUUCACCACAUGGGAUCGUGAAGAGAGAUGAGCUGGUCUUCAGAGCUGCCAGGAGACGUGGCAUUCCUAUCCUUAUGGUGACCUCUGGAGGCUAUCAGAAGAAAACAGCGCGCAUCAUUGCAGACUCCAUCCUUAACCUGCAUCACCAAGGUCUUAUUGGUCCAGAGAGAGAGGGAUCAUCCUCUGUGGCUACGAGCCUGAUGUCGGGCCCUGGAUCUUCUGGCUCUGCACUCACAGCCAUUUAGGUUGGGACAUUAAUCCAAUUUUAAUUGACAGUGCCAUUUCAGUGGUGAGAUUUACAAAUCAGUGGGCGUCAUCCUCUUACAAAGUUUGGAUUCUUUUUUUAUUACUUAUAAGGCAGGAUUUCAAUAAACCAAUACAUUUUAGUCAAAAAUAAUGAAAAUAAUUCUUCAGUGUUCAAGACUGACUGUAGUGCACAUGUAACACUUUCAGAUAUUGUAAACUAUGAGGAAACUAUCAAAAUAUAUUAUCAGGGUUUACAGGCAAUUUGUUUAUGAGGUGAGAUAGUGUUGUAACCAAUUACUUUUCAGGUGUACUUGGCUGUUUUCUUGUCAGAUCAGAUAUUACCUAUAUUGAAAAAGCUAUAAAGUGCACUUUAAAUGUGUAAUGCAGGAUGUAAAAGAAAAUAUAUUUAAACACAACUGUAGAUAAAACACCUCCAUGAAAUGGAUAUUGUAAUAACAGACUUAACUAUCUUUGACAUCUUCCUUGUGGCAGAUCUAAAGGAAUUAAGGAAGUAACUGUUGGCACUUUACUGGAUAGCGCUCCUAACUUACCAGAACUUUUUUGUCAGGUUUAAUGGGUACUGUUUAAUCUCAGGAAAUGAACUUAUACUUAAACUUACUCAUGCCAUAUGUUAACAAGAUUGAGAUGUAUGAGAGUCUUUAUACUGAUACAUGAGAGUGAUCAAAAGGGUAACAGAUUUUUGUUUAUUCUUAAUCAGCACUUGGCACUUAAAUAGUUUUAAAUUGUUUUAUUACAUGACUUUAUUCUACCAGCGAAACUUGCUUAUCCUUUUUAUAAUGUAUUAAUGUUUACACAAGGCCCAUCCAAAACAUUAACAUGAAAUGAAAGCAUUCAUAUCUCGUGUGGUGCCAUCAUGUGGACUCGGAUCAAUCCUGUCUCAUGUGUGUGCUAUGUAUGGAUCAGGAGUUUAGUGCACUCACAGCACACUCUAAUGAUGUGCGCACAUGCAGUCGUGGUUACCGCACUCAUUGAUUACAUUGAUUUAAUGCAGCAGCUACAACAUCACAGCCUUCCACUUACACAACACACUCUAAAGUUAGUGCUUUGGCUAGUGGCAACCCUGUAGUCUGUUGUUGGAAGUGUGUUUUGAGGUGACUUGUAAUUUCCAUAAAAGCAAACUGGGUAAUUUUGGGGAAAAGUCAAGUUUAUUACACAAUUUUCAAUGUGUAUAAAAUAUGUGUAAUAAAUAAUGAAUAAAACACGUUAUAUGUACAUUA